AAAAUAAUAAAAAAUUAUUUUUAAAAUAAUGAAUAAUUAGAAAUCAAGUAUUUUGAUGCCGGCGUUGCCCGUUAAUUGGUCUAGCAAACUCAACGGAGCGAAACGACAUCGUAUGUAUGCUUCUACAAUAGGCUUCUUGGAAGAGAGCUCUAUGGUGAUUAACUUCAGCUUCAACCUGUUCGAUGAAGUGCCUCAAUGAAAAACCACACAUAUGAUUAUUCAAUGAUGAUUUGUUUUGCUCGUUGUGAAAGUUAAAUAUUCGUAUGCAUUGAAUUUUUGGUGCAGAUUCUGUAAUAGACCCUCGCGAUCCAGCACUUCCCAGAUACUGCAUAUAACAGGAGCUUUAGUGUAUGAACUGCCUUUGAAUUUAUGUAAUGUUUCAGCUCAAAGUUGCUCGUUGUGAAAGUUAACUAUGUGUAUGCAUAGAAUUUUUGGUGGACAUUGGGUAUAGCAGGAGCUUUAGUGCACGGGGCUGCCUUUUUUAUUCUUUAAUGUCUCAGCUCAAAGUUGUAUCGUUUAUGUGUAAGACUUUGGGGAGGAAAUUUCACUGGCAAAAUCGUGUACUUCAUCAAAAUCUAAGGCCAAAUUCAGUAGCAUCGACAUAUAUUCAUGGGAAUGCCAGCAAAUAUGAAUCACGAUAUCUAUUUGAUACAAUGGUGUCAUUUAUCUCGAGUAGAAGUUCAAGAUUUUGGGUACCGUCAUUCUUGUCCUGUAAGCGGUUUUAUAGUGACGAAAAUUCUGCAUUUUCUUCGUUGGAGGAAACGACGGAAAGCUAUAGCAAUGAGCCCAUUGAUAAUGUUUACAAGGUUGUUAUGGAUCACUCCAAUCCAGGGCAUAAGAUGGAGAGAGCUUUGGAUAAGCUUGAAAUAGAAUUGACAACACCGUUGGUGGUAGAGGUCUUGCAAAAGCUUCGUUAUGAAGAGAAGUUAGCGUUUAGGUUCUUUACGUGGGCAGGACAUGGAGGAAAUUAUAGUCACGAGGCUCAAGCGUAUAAUGAGAUGAUUGAUAUAUUGUCUAGUACGAAAUAUAAGGUGAAGCAGUUUCGUGUUGUUUGUGAUCUUCUGGACUACAUGAAGAGAAAUGAUAAGAGUUUGGUUCCUUUAGAAGUGUUGCUGAAAAUUCUGAGACAGUAUGCUGAAAAGCAUUUGACACAUCUUCAUAAAUUUGCGAGGAAGAAGAAGAUACGAGUGAAGACACAACCCGAAGUACAUGCCUUUAAUUUGUUGUUGGAUGCCUUGUGUAAGUGCUGUCUUGUGGAGGAAGCUGAGGCUCUGUUUGCGCGGGUGAAGAGUAAGGUCAAGCCAACUGCUGAUACUUAUAACAUUCUUUUCUUCGGUUGGUGUCGUGUUAGAGACCCCAAUAGAGCUAUGAGCACUCUUGAACAGAUGAUCAGCCUAGGACAUACACCCGAUAACUUCACCUAUAAUACGGCUAUUGAGACAUUUUGCAACGCAGGAAUGGUGAUGCAGGCUGCUGAACUUCUCGAGUUCAUGAGAACUAAAGGUUCGACCAUGUCUUCUCCCACUGCAAAAACCUAUACUAUUAUGAUCGUGGCACUUGUUCAGAACGAUAUGAUGGUAGAAUGUUUUAAAGUUCUCGGGGAUAUGUUAAAUAGCGGAUGUGUUCCUGAUGUUUCAACGUACAAGGACCUGAUUGAAGGUAUGUGUUUGGCUGGAAAGACCGAAGCAGCUUAUAAGAUUUUGGAAGAGAUGGGGAACAAGGGCUACCCUGCUGAUAUAGUUACCUACAACUGUUUCCUUAAGGUCCUUUGCGACAAUAAAGACAGAGAUGAAGCGCUUAGGCUUUAUAAGAAAAUGACGGAAGCAGGCUGUGUUCCUAGUGUACAGACGUAUAAUAUGCUAAUCGUGAUGUUCUUUAGAAUGAGCGACGUUGAUGGAGCCUUUGAGACCUGGCACGAGAUGUCUAAGAGGGGUUGUGAGCGUGUUACAGAAACAUAUUGUGUGAUGGUUGAAGGGCUUUUUGAUAACAAUGCUACUGAAGAGGCAUGUUUUCUCUUGGAAGAAGCUGUGAACAGAGGUAUGAAACUGCCAUACCGCAAAUUUGACUCAUUUUUAACGCGGCUUUCAGCCAUCGGUGAUCUGAGAGCCAUUCACAAACUGUCAGAGCACAUGAGAACAUUCUACAACCCUGCUAUGGCACGACGCUUUGCCAUCAAUCAGAAGCGGAAGAGCAUGAGCUUAAGAGGGAAGUGAAAAUAACUUUUGUUGUUUAAGUGGCACGACGUUUGGAUGGCGUGUUACUUUGAAUGCAUUUGAGUGACACACAUUUGGAAAAACAUUGACUUAUAUAUAUUAGUGUGACGAUCUUUUACAAGUAUUAUCGUGAAUACUUCUUAUUUUUCAGGUUACUAAUCUCACUUUCGAUGGACGAUUAUCUAUACUUGAUGAUGUGUCCAUAUAGAUUGAGAAAAGUUGACAUAGUCAAUGGCUACUAAAUUGGAGAUCAACUUUAGUGGGAUUAAGAUAAGCAACAAAGAUUUGGUACUGAUUACCUCUUUGACUUGUGUAGGUCUCAUCUUCCAAAUGGUUCUGAACUAUGUUGCUCGGACUUGUCAAAAAUGUCCAACAGGUGUGUGUCGGAUUCACCAAAAGUACUGUAUUUUUGAAGAAUCCAAUCGGGUGCGGCAUCAAAAAUGAAGAGUCCGCACAACUUAGGUUCUGAAAACUAAUUUGGAGUGAAGUUAAUGAUGCUUUUGCUACAGUUGGGUUGUCUAUCUAGUAUAUAAAUGGUCCCCUAUUUAGUGUGA